AUGGACCGGCUCCAGGUGUAUGCUGCGGUUCAAGGACUUGGCGGGGUGAGCGCACCUCCGGGGAUGGUUUGUUUUUAUCGGACCUUUCUUCACUUAUUCAUACGGAGCUAAUUUUCUAAUUUUUUAUCUCAACCCGCGGUCCCUCACGCUCGGACAGGAGCCCCGCCAGACCACCUCCAACCUCGGCCAUCUCAAUAAGCCCUCUAUCCAGGCGUUGGUCCACGGGUUGAAUAGACAUUACUACUCUAUCCUCAUCAACUACCGUAAAACGCACCUGGAGAACAUGCUCAUGAACCUGCACAAGACGGUUUGGGCCGAUGGCCUGACGAUGAGAGACUUUAGGCCCCUUGCUAAGGAGAACCGAGAGCGCUAG